AUGGGCUUGUUAUUUUCUCUGCUGAGACUAGAUUCAAGAAGGUUUAUCAAAAGAAAAGAUAGUGAUGCAGGAGAAGCAGGUCGUGUGUUGGAGGAACUCAGAGGUUCUCUUUACAAUGAGCUUAGGACUUCCGAAGGGGCCAAGCGCCAACAGCAAAGAUAUUGCGGUCCAUUUGUGGCAAUGUCCUUCAAUUUCAUGGUUGCUGUUGGAAUCAUUCUGGGGAACAAAUUAGUCAUGGGGAAAGUUGGAUUUAACUACCCCAUAUUCCUUACACUAAUUCACUAUGCUUCUGCUUGGAUAUUACUCGCGUUUUUCAAGGCGUUCUCAUUGCUUCCCGUCUCACCUCCUUCUAAAACUACGCCAUUCUCGUCUUUGUUUGCUUUGGGCGCUGUCAUGGCUUUUGCUUCAGGACUUGCAAAUACCAGCCUAAAGCAUAACAGUGUCGGUUUUUACCAGAUGGCUAAAAUUGCAGUAACUCCGACCAUUGUCGUUGCAGAAUUUAUUCUUUUCAGAAAGACCAUAUCAUUUAGUAAGGUUCUCGCUCUAGCUGUCGUCUCACUAGGUGUAGCAGUUGCAACUGUAACAGACUUGGAAUUCAAUUUUUUCGGUGCCUGUGUUGCCGUCGCCUGGAUAUUCCCAAGCGCCAUAAACAAAAUCCUUUGGUCUCGUCUGCAGCAGCAGGGUAAUUGGACUGCUCUUUCGUUGAUGUGGAAGACAACGCCAGUUACAGUCUUCUUCUUAGUAGUUCUUAUGCCAUGGUUGGACCCUCCCGGGGUAAUGUCUUUCAAAUGGGACGUCAAUAACGCCAGUGCCAUUCUAGUGUCAGCUUUACUCGGCUUUCUCUUACAGUGGUCCGGAGCUUUGGCACUUGGUGCUACUUCUGCAACGUCGCAUGUCGUUUUAGGACAAUUCAAAACUUGUGUGAUUCUACUAGGAGGGUACCUGCUUUUUGGUUCUGAUCCAGGAUUUGUAAGCAUUUGUGGUGCUGUCAUAGCUCUUGGUGGAAUGACAGUUUACACUUCACUUAGUUUGAAGAAAUCAAGUGACAAAGCCACCAAUUUACUUCCAAAAGAAAAUUUAGCUUCUUCAAAACCCAAGAAUGAGAAAGACAAGGAAGAACAGUCCAUUGCAGAAGAUAAGUCAAGUGUGGUUUGA